CCAAGAGCAUGGAGGAUUGUGAAAUUAUUGGAAUGAUUUUCGAAAUCAUUGGCGACAUGCUGUUCGGGAGUGACAGCUCAUCUGAUGAUGAUUAUGACUCAUCCUCUAGCACCUAA